AUGACGAAGUUGGUUGCCUGUGAUUAAAACACACACUGUCAUUUGUACUACAUUAUGAGAUGUAACUUUAUUUAGCUUCUGUGAUCACACAACUCAAACCGGUUUUGUAUAGCCUACCUGAGCUGUCACUUGAAUCACUUCCUGGUGUGGUGUUACAGGCGGGAGUGUGUCUCCAUGAUGGCUGAGUCUGUACCUCUGGGCUGAGUAUUGGAUAUGCAUUUAUGACCAUGAGCAGUUUAGUUCUUGACAAGGUGUCACCAAUUCGCCGUCAACUUGAGAUGAGAACAUCACUGGUCGUCAUGGCGUUUUGUGCUGGAGUACUUUCUUGUGCGGGUCAUUGGGCCUCAGCAUCUGUCAUUGUCUGUCUGACAAGAUACCCGCAGUUUGCCACAGAAGGAGUCGAGUUCACACUGUCCUGUACAUCCACACAUAGCGGUGGAUUGAUAAGUGUCAGAUGGUACAGAAACAAUGUUGAAAUGUUCCAUACAAGCAGUGAUGCCGACGUAUCUACUUCCAUAUUCAACCCCGCCACCACACCCAGUGAGUCACGUGCUGUGGCAGGACGUGUCACUGUCAGCUCCUCCAUCCAGCAACACAACGUGACACUCAGGAUCAACUCUACACUCGACCAGGGCUCUGUGUGGAAGUGCCAGGCUGGGAGUCGUUCCAGCAAUAACGUCACUGUGGAGAUUACAGACAACACUGAAGCGUCCAUCUCAGUAAAAGCAACAAGAAAUCCAGUCAAAGAUGGACAGAUCCUAACACUGAUUUGCGAAAGUACAAGUGACAUCAAGGAAACUGUCUGGUCAAGAAACUCAGUGAACAUAUUCAAGACCAUCAUACCGACGUCCAUGUUGGUGUACGACACCAGCUCCCCCCAGUACCAGUCUGUUGCAGGACGUGUCACUGUCAACUCCACCCUCACACAGCACAACGUCAGUCUCAGGAUCAACUCUACACUCGACCAGGGCUCUGUGUGGAGAUGUCACACUGGAGACGGGCUCAGCAAUAACGUCACGCUUGAUGUGAUUGAACAUAUGCGGGGGGAUGCUGUUACCACGAUUGCCACAAUUAAUUCGCCAUCAACCUCUGAAGAUGGAAGUAUUUUACCCCUCAUCGCUGCAAUUGCCAGCAUCAGCGUAGUCAUCGUCAUCGUCGUCGCCAGUUUUAUCUGUGUGUUGCUGGUCAGGAAGUAUAAGAAGGACGUCGCAGAAAGCAACAGCCAGAUGUACAGCACCAUGUCACGUGACCCUGACACUGACAAUAAUUACUCUGAGUUGGGACCUGGACUCACAAGUAAGAGGCUUCCGGCUUCUCAGCCUGUCACCACAGAUGAGUCCGUGGCCUACUACAACACAGUGCCCGCUGACAGCCAGUAUGAAAACCCACCAGCUUCUACUGAGAAUCCGGAUUCUUCAUACAGUGAGUGAGUGAGGAUCCCGAGUUUAGUUUUACGCCGCUUUUAGCAAUAUUCCAGAGAUAUCACGAUCUAAGCACCAGAAAUGGGCUCCACGCAUGUGGGGAAUCGAACACAGAAGAGCAGUGACCCCCACCGCCCUCUUCAUACAAAAUGAUACAGCCAUCUUUCAAAUGCUCUGACUUUACACAGAUGAUUCAUUCAAUGUAAUUUCAACCAAAUGAUUGAUGGUUCGAGUGAUGUCGUACCAAAUUACGUUAAAGGAUGUAUUUAAUGUUGCCCUGCCUGGUGUUCGGAUUGAAGAGGAUAAAACUGGGGCAAAGUUAAAUAAUGUUAAUGUAGACAUUGCUACCUUUGCUGGGGUUCGACAAGUGAGUAAUACAAGGACCAUUCGGUUGGGACUUACAAGACUAUAUCUGACUCUGGUAUCCAUGGUAACCUGCGGCAUGACAUCUCUGGGAGUUAGCAUGAGUAAUGCCAGCAUUCGUCAGAACUGUUAAACGUAAAAAUGCCAAGGUGACGUGACGUAACGUUUAACUCUCCUACAUUCAGCGAAUACCCAUGAAAAUGUUCAUCAUUGCUCUCUUGUAUUUAGUUUAGACACGGAUAUCCCGGUGAAUUUGUCUUUUGGACUGUUUGAUCACUUCCUUAGUUUAAUUUUUCUUCAUUCUCAUACAAUGACUCCAUUGUUUUCUUGAAUUCUUUUUGUAAUGUUGUAUACGGUCGUUAUAAUCUGUCUUCAAUUCAGUCAGCUCAUGAUAUAUGUCUUGACGGAUAUCUCGGUGUAUUUGUCGCUGUUUGAUAACGUCUUUUCUUUCUUUUCCACUAUUGAACGCGUUCAGUUUAUUGAAUUCUCUAUGUACAAUAUGUGACUCUUUCAUAUAUGAAAUGCAAUUGUCAUACCAUGACGCAGUUGUAUUUCUUGAAGAAAGUUGCUUGUAGCAAAGUUGUGUAAGCCCAUUAUAUAAUCUGUUUUGACGUUUUGUUUAUAACCCACAACACGAAGACUAAAAUCGUGACCAACCAUAGGAAGUGAUACUUUCUUAUUGUUACAUUACGACGUACUACGGCCCAGCAAGCAAAAUGUUCAUUUUCCUGCUUUGAAUAAAAACAACGCAGGUCUAUUCA